AUGCUGCCGACGACGACGUCGGGCCGCAGCCUCCUCAAUGAGGCGCUCUCGCCGACGGGCCGGCGCGUCCUCAAUGAUUUCUUCCAGGCCAACGCGGGCGCCAAGGACACGACCAAGCCGCGGGGCAUCGAUCUGCAGUCGCUACCGCUCUUGACCGAGGUCUUUGUCAAGUCCCGCGCCGCCCUCGACGUGCUGCAGCUGCGCGCCGACCGCCAUGACAUCAUCCUCGUCACGAACGUGCUGCAGAAGAAGGCGGAUGCGGUCGACGUUCUCGACUUGCGCAACAUGGGGCUCAUCCGGCGGGACGAUGUCCUCGUGAGCAUCAACACGGAACCCGUUCCGGACGUUGCGGCGGCGUAUACGGCGCUCAAGGAGCUGCCGUUGCCGAUCACGCUCGUCUUCUCGCGGUCGCUCGUGCGCAAGAACACGCUCGGCGAGUACAGCGUCGAGGACGUCAUGCGCCAUGUCGAACACAACCAGAGCCGGCUCCUCGAAAAGUACGACGCCCACGACGCGGCCGUGAUGCUGAGCAUGAUGGUGCGCUUCACGGGCCUCCAAGGCUCAUACACGCUCCUUCGCGAGUUCAUCAUGGACGCAGAGAACCUGCUUAUGCCCAAGCCGUUCGCCGUCCUGCCACCCAACGCCUUUGAUGUGGUCCGACAGUACGUGCAGGUGAUCCAUGAGUACAUGGGCAGCGAAGACGACGCGCGCAAGAAGCGCUGGUACGACGACAAGAGCAGUCGGUCGAGGCGCAUCGAGUCGAUGCAGAAGCAGCUCAAGGUCCUCGACGCCAAGCUGGACGCGACGACGUCGGCGCUGGCCGCAUCGCCUGAACUCCAGGCCACUCGCGGCGGUGCCGACUACGCCGAGUUGCGUAACCUUGUUGAGAACCUCCGGGCUGACGUCGAGCGCUCCAAGCAGAUGCACUACCUUCCGUCGGUCGAAGGCUUUACACUGCGGUUUGGCACGGGCGGCGUCUACGUUGGCGUCGGGGACGUGUGGAUGGCGUCGUACCAGACGUCGUUCUCGAUCGAGACCCAGCGCGCCGCGCCGCAUGUGGUCUUGCGCCUCACGCCCCUCUCCGAUACUGGUCUCCAGAUCCGUGCGACCAACUUCAAGGUGUACUCGGAAGGCCGGAUCCCGACCUUCCACUGCGACGAGCUCAACAUUGAAGCGCUCUUCACAGCCUCGAUUCCCCUCGUCUUCGACGACCUCACGGGCUGGCGCGUCGACAAGAACGACCUCGACGUGAGCUUCAACAGCCUCAAGUACUACGAGCGCCAAGCCAACUCGUCCGUGCGCGGGAAGGCGAACGACAGCGUGCUCAAGCUCUUCCUCAACCGCGUGCUCCCAUCGGUGGUCGAAGAGGCGGCUGUCAACUUCUUCAGCUCCGAGAUGGGCGUGCUCUUCAAGGAAGGGCGGGCCAAGGUGCGGCUCACGGGCGACUUGCGUCUCGAAGGCCGCCCGCUCUCGGUCUUUGACGCCUCGCUGAGCGCGACCGACGACGCGCACGCGGACGAGGCCCGGACGCUUCUGUCGCUGACGCCGGCGCAGGGCGAGGCCCUCUACAAGCUCUACAAGGUGUUUGUGCUCACGCCGGCCGCGACGCUCAAGCAAAAGAUCUUCUCGAGCGACGCGGCGCUGAGUUAUCUCUCGAUGCGCGAGCUCAUCGAGUACGUGCAGCGGCUGCGGCGACAGCCCAACGUCCGGUAUCUCCUCGCUGCAUGCUGGCAGACGGCGCUCCGCCUCUUGAGUCCGAGCGACGAGGUCGACUUUUUGAGCCUCCUCGAGAGCGUCGGCGAGAUCGAGUCGUACCCGGUCGACGUCUCGCUCGGGCUUCACAGCACCAACAUCCGCGUCGACCUCUGCGAAGGCGCGGCCGCCGCAUACGCGUCGAUCGAGCGCCAGCUGCGCCAGAAGCUUUCGUCGCGCCCCGAAAUGAAGACGCAGAUUGAGGCCGAGAUCACGACGCUCGAGGAGGGCUACAACAGUGUCAACCUGUUGCUGUCCAAGGUCGCGAGCCGCGUCGACGAGGUGGCGCUGCUGCUCAGCGGCGGCCUCCCCGCAGGGUUCGACAGCGACCUCUCGUUUGAAGCGACGGAAGUGACGUGCAAGGGGCCGUGGCAGGCGACAGUGCCGGUGCCGCUCACGGACCCCGAGGAGGCGUUCGAGGCGCGCGUGACAGCGCCGACACGGACCGUCGUCAAGGCCGACGACGGCGAUCUCAUCGUGAGCCAGUUUGUCGCCGGCGACGACGGGGAGCACGAGAUCCAGGUCCGCGUCCAAGAUGCAGCGUUCCAGGUCCUCGUCCAAGCGCCCGACAAUGGGGAAGGUAGCGCCUCUUCCUCGUCCUUCGUGCCACUCACGUUGGCCCUCAACACAGCUUCGCCGACGCCGACGCUGUCGCUCGAGAUGGGCGACAACACCAAGUGCGCCAUCCAGCUCAAGCGCCUCGCGUUCUGCAGUCCCAUGUGGCCCGUACUGCGCUACUUGCACGCCGAAGCGCUGGGCGCCGCGAUCUCGGGCAAGUCGGAUCUGCUGCUCGCGUACGUGAGCUCGCCCUUCUUUGCGUUCUCGCUGCGCUUCUUCACGUCGCUGCAAGUGACGCCCGAGCACAUGUACUGGACGCUCAACUCGGCGUCGCUCUCCGAGUCGAACGUGAGCUUCAUCACGCACCGCAUCUGCCUCGCGCAGCUCCUCCGCGACCUCGGCGCGCUCGAGUGGGGCCAGGUGCACGGCGGCGAGACCGACGAAGACGUCAACCGCAAGGCCAAGGCCCGCGCCGCGUCGCGCAUGGCGCCGCUCAAGCGCCACGACUCGAUCCAGCCGAGCCGCAACAAGAAGCGGAGUCUCAAGUCGCAGAAGAGCUUUCUGGGCGACGAAGACCCGCGGGCGCAGAACAUGUUCCAGGUGGCGCCCGACGGCGCGUCGCUGCCCCCCGUGCACGAAGAAGAGCCAACAGCGCUCGAGUCGGUCGAGGACGACCCCUACUACUUCUAA